GUUCCUCUGGUCACUUUAAUGUAGUUGUUUCGUUUUUGCAAAAAAAAAAGAAAACAAAAUCAAGAACGAGCUUAAAACGAAACGUGUGAGGAACGAAAAGAAAUAGUGGAAAAAGAAACGGGAAGCGAACGGGCCGGGUGUUGGCAUUGAUUGAACAAAUAAAUAAUAAUUGUUAACGCCACGGCAAAUUCCAAUUGGACCAACACAACAACAACAAAAAUAUGGCAUUAAAGAAAGUAAAGGGGAAUUUCGAGCGUAUGUUUGAUAAAAAUUUAACAGAUUUAGUGCGCGGCAUACGGAACAAUAAGGAUAAUGAGGCCAAAUACAUAUCGCAAUGCAUUGAGGAAAUCAAACAGGAGCUGCGUCAGGAUAAUAUCAGUGUUAAAUGCAAUGCGGUAGCUAAACUAACCUAUAUACAAAUGCUCGGCUAUGAUAUUUCUUGGGCGGGAUUCAAUAUUAUUGAGGUGAUGAGUUCAUCGCGUUUUACCUGCAAACGCAUUGGUUAUCUGGCAGCCAGUCAAUGCUUCCAUCCAGAUAGUGAGUUGCUCAUGUUGACGACAAACAUGAUACGAAAGGAUCUUAAUUCACAGAAUCAAUAUGAUGCUGGUGUGGCGCUUAGUGGCUUAAGUUGUUUUAUAUCCCCUGAUUUAUCACGCGAUUUGGCAAAUGAUAUUAUGACACUGAUGAGCUCAACAAAACCGUAUCUGCGUAUGAAAGCCGUCCUAAUGAUGUAUAAAGUAUUUUUACGCUAUCCAGAAGCAUUAAAACCUGCAUUUCCGAAACUCAAAGAGAAACUGGAAGAUCCAGAUCCAGGUGUCCAAUCUGCUGCCGUAAAUGUCAUUUGUGAGUUAGCACGUAAGAAUCCAAAGAACUAUCUGCCAUUGGCGCCGAUAUUCUUUAAACUAAUGACCACAUCGACCAACAAUUGGAUGCUAAUUAAGAUUAUAAAACUGUUUGGCGCUUUAACUCCCUUAGAACCCCGGCUAGGAAAGAAAUUAAUAGAACCACUCACAAAUCUAAUCCAUAGCACCUCGGCGAUGAGUCUUCUAUACGAGUGCAUCAACACGGUGAUUGCGGUCCUCAUCAGCAUCAGCAGCGGCAUGCCCAACCAUAGUGCCUCCAUACAGCUUUGCGUUCAAAAGUUGCGCAUUCUGAUCGAGGAUUCCGAUCAAAAUUUGAAAUAUCUUGGUCUUUUGGCCAUGUCAAAGAUAUUGAAAACGCAUCCAAAGAGCGUACAGGCGCACAAGGAUUUGAUUUUGGCAUGUCUUGAUGAUAAAGAUGAAUCGAUACGAUUGCGUGCCUUGGAUUUACUUUAUGGCAUGGUAUCGAAAAAGAAUCUCAUGGAGAUUGUGAAACGUCUGCUGGGUCACAUGGAGCGAGCUGAGGGCUCGGGCUAUCGUGAUGAACUGCUAUACAAAGUGAUUGAGAUCUGUGGUCAGAGUUCCUAUUUGUAUGUCACGAACUUCGAAUGGUAUCUGACGGUAUUGGUGGAGCUAAUCCAACUGGAAGCUGGCUCACGACAUGGUCGCCUAAUUGCCGAGCAAUUGUUGGAUGUGGCCAUACGUGUGCCGGUUGUGCGUCAAUUUGCUGUCAACGAGAUGACCAAUUUGCUGGAUACAUUCACAGUUUCCGCCCAAAGCAAUUCAAUGUAUGAAGUGUUAUAUGCGGCCGCUUGGAUAGUAGGAGAAUUUGCUGCCGAGUUGGAAGAUGCCGAGAAGACAUUAAAUAUAUUAUUGAGGCCGCGACAAUUGCCGGGACAUAUACAAGGUGUCUAUGUUCAAAAUGUUAUCAAAUUGUUUGCCCGCUUGGCAACCACCUGCCUCGAGCUUCAGGAUCUGCCCGGAAUCGUUAGGCUCUGUGAUCAUUUGCUGGAGAAAUUGCAGCAUUUCAAUGGCUCCAGUGACAUUGAGGUGCAGGAGCGAGCGAAUUCCGCCUGCAUGCUUAUCGAAAUGUUGCGGACUCAGUUAGCUCAAAAUACGGACAAUAGCAGCGGUAGCAUACCCCCAUUGGCUAUUGAAAUUGUCCAGGAGAUGGCAUUGUUAUUUGCCGGUGAACUCAUACCGGUGGCACCCAAAGCUCAGCGCAAAGUGCCGUUACCCGAUGGCCUUGAUUUGGAUGAAUGGAUUAAUGCGCCGCCGCCCGAUGAUGCAAGCAGUUCAUCGUCAUCGGAGCAUGAUAAGGACGAGCUCUUUGUUAGUUCAUUAUCAACGACUGGCAAUAAGGGUGGCAAUGAUGGGACCAACUCAGGCCGGAGACGUCCCAGCUUGGAGCUAACACCCGAGCAAUUGGAACGUCAGCGGCAAGCGCGACUUAUCGAGCAAUCGAACAAUCCGCAUUACCUAAAAUCGACGCCCACAAUUGGAGGCGGUGGUGGAUCGAGUUCAAAUGCUGAUCAAUAUGAUAACAUCGAUGAUAUACCCAUAACAGAGCUCCCCCUGGAAUUGGAAGGGGUCAGCGCCCUCAGAGUGGGCAUCACUAAACGCUCAGACAAAUAUCUGCAGGAGCAACAGGCAGCCACGGCGGCGUCUCAUCAGGGCAAGGAUGGUAAAAAGAAACAUAAAAAGACCAAGAAAAGUAAAAAGGCCAAGAAUAAAGUGGCAUACAAUAGCAGUUCCGAAUCGGAAGGAGAAAUGAAACCUAUGCAUAUUGUGAAUACCACACUGGAUAUGCCAGAGGGUGUGUCGCUUUCGGACAGCGAGGACAAGGAUGGCAAAUAUGAUCCCAAUGAUCCACAUCGAGCCUUGGAUAUUGAAUUGGAAAUUACCGAUUUUGAGACAAUAUCGCGUAGCAGCGGUAAAAAAUCGAAAGAGAAUCUCAAGGCACCGACGGGAACAGAGAACUUAGCCACUACAGCAUCAACAACAGCAGCCCUACCAAGUUCUUCAUCCUCCAAAAAAGAAAAGAAAAAGGACAAAGAGAAGUCCAGAGAGCACAAGUCACGGAAAGCUACUACUGCUACGGCUGCCACACAACAAAUUGUGGGCGAUUUAAUCGAUGCUGGCACACCCAUUGCCAGCCCCAGCAAGAAUGCCCUGACUUCCAUAUCCGUCUCCAGCAAUAAUAAUACAACUAUUUCAGAUGCGGCAGCCGUCCAGCCGGCGGCGCAUCAUAAAAAGAAAAAGAAGAAUAAGGAUAAAUCAUCCACUAGCAUUAUUGAUGUAGAUAAUGAUGCGGCGGUGGCAUCGGCACCGGCAGCCACUACCAAAUCGCAUAAGAAGAAGCAUAAAAGAGAUAAAACGGAGCACAAGGAAAAGGUAUCCGGGUAUGAGGAACCCUUAGGUAUCUCAACACCCAGCAAAGAGAUCUUUUAAAUGAAUCAUUGUGUGGUCCCAAUAUUAUUAUUAUAAUAAUUAUGUUUAUUGUAUAUGUAUCAAUUGUAAUCCAAAAUCAUUCAUACUUUCCAUAGAUUAUUGUUUAAGUUCUCUUAAAGAAGCAAAAUUCUUAUCGCUGCGAUAUAAAAAC